CCGACAUUGAUUUUCUGCUCAUUUAGAGAAAAUCAAUGGCUGUUCAAAAGAUGAUUUGGGUUUUGUUUUCUCAAAUGAUUCUCAUUCUCUUUUUCUUAGAUUUCACUAAUGCAAGUGGUCUGAAACUAGGGUUCUACUGGAGGAGUUGCCCUAAUGCAGACCAAAUUAUCAAAACAACUCUUAACAAAUACAUUAGAAGAGACCCAACUCUUGCUGCUCCUUUGUUGAGAAUGCAUUUCCAUGAUUGCUUCGUUAGGGGAUGUGACGGUUCUGUGCUAUUAAAUUCAAAGAGAGGCAAUCAAGCUGAGAAAGAAGCAAUCCCAAACCAAACCUUGAGAGGAUUCAAUGUGAUUGAUGCUGUGAAAUCAGCACUAGAAAAGAAGUGUCCUGGUGUGGUUUCUUGCGCUGAUACCUUAGCCUUAGUAGCUCGAGAUGCAGUUUCAAUGAUUGGGGGACCAUUUUGGGAUGUUAAAACUGGACGGAGAGAUGGAAGAGUGUCAAUUGCCUCGGAGGCUUUAACACAGCUGCCAUCUCCUUUUGCCAACAUAAGUGAGCUUAAACAAAAUUUUGCUGUCAGGGGUUUAAAUGUUAAGGACCUUGUUGUUCUAUCAGGAGGACACACCAUUGGCAUUGGGCAUUGCUUUAUAAUAUCAAACCGCUUAUACAAUUUCACAGGCAAAGGCGACACUGACCCAUCACUAGACCCCAAAUACGCAGCAGCAUUGAAGAAAAAGUGCAAGCCAGGAGGAGACAACAAGGCAAUUGUGGAAAUGGACCCUGGAAGCUUCAAAACAUUUGAUGAAGAUUACUACAGAAUUGUGGCUAAACGAAGAGGGCUCUUCCAAUCUGAUGCAGCUCUUCUUGAUGAUGUUGAAACCAGAGCUUAUGUCCAGCUUCAGUCUCUCACCCAUGGAUUCACUUUUGCUCAAGAUUUUGCUGAUUCAAUGGUUAAACUUGGUGAUGUUGGCGUCCUCACUGGCUGCCAAGGUGAAAUCAGGAAACGCUGCACUUUCGUCAAUUAAUUAUUCCCCAUAUUUCUUCUUCUGCUUCUCCUAAUAAAAUAAUGAUUUGAUCAAUCCAUUGAUCGUAUUGCAGCAAAGUUACAUGUUUGUGUAAAUUUCUUUUCAAAUUUUUGUAUUCUUUUUUUUUUUUUUUAGGUUUUUUAUGUGAAUUUCUCUGUAUUGGUUUUGUGAAUGUGGGAAACAAAAUGGUUGCCGAAGGUAGUUUGAUGGUAAUUAUUGAAAAAAGGCUAAUGAGGCCUUGCUCUACUGCAAAUGUUUGAAGCUUUGAAAUCAAGUGGUUC